AUGAACAGUUGUCCCAGAGCUCCGCCUGUAUGUGUAGAACCAAAAUGGCCGCCACGCAGCUGUUGCCGUGUUCGUUUUGUUUGGCUGGCUCAGCCCGGGUGGGCGGGGCCGCUGCGGGGUUUGAGUCACAUGAUGCGCAGAGCCAGGCUGACCAAUUCCAAUAUGGUGGCCAGCUUGGCAGGUCUACGGUUCCUGUUGAAGAUAUUGUUGUUCUGCGGGAUCAGGUUCGGCGCCUGCAACCAGGAAGCUCCGCUGGUUCUGGGGCUGCGACUGGAAGAUCCGGCGGGUCUGGUGUGCAUGAAGGAUCGCAUCAUCUCUGCGCCAGAAGGAGCCACGUUCAAGCUCCGUCUCUUCGGGACUGAGCUGAAUGGAAGCUGGCCGUGGGUGGCGUUCGCAGGGGCAGCUGGUGGAGCUGCCGGGGCGGUCGGGGAUGCGCCUGACCCGUGCGGGCAGGUGUCAAACCAUGACAAGUCCGCUUUCCAGGUGACGGGGGGGUUCACCCCGGAUGAGAAAUACAGCGGGCUGAUAACGGUGGAGGUGCGGCAGAGGAGCAUCUCUGCGGGAGUUGACAGCCGGAAGACCUACCACCUGUGUGUGCUGAGCGGAGCGAAAUGGACAUCUGCGGGCCCGGACAGACUGCGGGUCAACACCGACAAGGGUCUGCCCGCAGACUACAUCCCGCCGUGGGGUCUGGCCGUGCUGAUAGUGCUGCUGCUUCUGGUCUGCGGGCUGCUGAGGACAGUGAACCUCAGCCUGCUGUGGCUGGACCCCGUGGAGCUCUAUGUCCUCCACAGCUGUGGAUCCGAGGAGGAGAAGCGGGCCGCCAAGCGCCUGGAGCCAAUCAGGAGGAGGGGAAACUUCUUGACAUGUUCUCUGCUAUUCCUGUCUGCUUUGGGACACUCGGUCCUGGGUGUCCUCCUGUAUCGGGCGCUGGGCUCCAUCAUCUCUGCCGUGUUCACCAGCGGCUUCCUCAUCUUCUUCCUGGCUGAGCUGGCUCCUCACAUCCUGUGCUCCGGUUACGGCUUUCAGCUGGCGCCAGGUCUCACCUGGCUGGCCCAGGUUUGUUUGGUGCUUACCUGCCCCUUGUCCUGCCCUCUGGGGCUGAUCCUGGACCUGGCGCUGAGGAGGGACAUCAGCACCUGUGGGAUAAGGGAGCGGGCCAUGGAGAUGAUCCGUACAAGUGUCAAUGACCCUUACAGUGAGUUUGUGAAGGAGGAGUUCAGCCGCGGGAUGCUGCGCAGUAAGACGGUGGAGGACAUCCUGACCCCCCUGAAGGACUGCUUCAUGCUGCCAAGCUCGGUCGUCCUGGACUUCUCUACCAUGUCGGAGAUCAUGCAGAGCGGAUACACCAGGGUUCCCAUCUACGAGGAGGAGAGGUCCAACAUCGUGGAAAUCCUUUACGUGAAAGACUUGGCUCUGGUGGACCCGGACGACUGCACCCCCAUGACGACUAUCACCAAGUUCUACAAUCACCCGCUGCACUACGUCUUCAACGACACCAAACUGGACGCCAUGCUGGAGGAGUUCAAGAAAGGCAACUCUCACAUUGCCAUCGUCCAGAAGGUGAACAACGAGGGGGAGGGAGAUCCUUUCUACGAGGUGCUGGGAUUAGUCACCUUAGAGGACGUCAUCGAGGAGAUCAUCAAAUCAGAGAUCCUGGAUGAGUCUGACGGCUACUUGGACAGGAAAGUGAAGCGUCCCCCCGCUCCGCUGGAGAUUCCUCUGGAGCCUCGCAGCGUCCCCGAGGAGUUUUCUCUCUUCAAGCCUCCUGAAGGAGAACCCAAGAUCCGAACCUCACCUCAACUCCUGCUGGCUACACACCGCUUCCUGUCCAGAGAGGUGUCUCACUUCAGCCCCGGACGUGUAUCUGAGAAGAUCUUAUUCCACCUGCUCCGUCACCCCAGUGUCAACCAGGAAGUGCACUUUGACCCAAACAACCGGCUGAGCCCCAGUCACUAUCUCUACACACGCAACCACCCGGUGGACUAUUUCAUCCUGCUGCUGCAGGGCUGUGUGGAGGUGGAGAUCGGUAAAGAGGGGCUGAAGUUUGAGAAUGGAGCGUUUACGUACUACGGCGUGGCUGCUCUGACGCUGCCAUCUUCAGGUGAGAUCCAGAAUAACAGGAAGAUGUUUGCCUCACAGUCAAAGGAAGAAAACAGAUUCUACAAUCACAGAGAGUUGUGUGUAAGAUUUGCUGUCAUUGAUUAG